AUGCCCCCGGAAGCGCAAUCGCAAUCUCGGAGAAGGGAGAAGAAAAUGGCGGCCAAAACCCUAAUCAGGUCGGGAGCUUCGCUGAUGAAUCGGAUGUUACUGUCGAAGCCGACGACGAAUCUCGUGCAGAACAAUCUCAGAUCGUUUCAGCAGAUAGCUCCUCAGGGACAAGAACUCUCGCCGUAUUUCUUCCCGUCGUUGUCGAAUCUACAGAGCUCGCUCAGUGCUCGCCCUAACGACAGUGUAACGCUCCAGGAACUCUCGGAACGUGGGUUUCUUCACCCGUCUGGUCUUCCUUCGCUCGAGUUCUUCUUACCAGAAGUGAAUCCUUCAAGUGAGCCAUUGCUUCUAUUUCCCAAGAGGACAUUCCAACCGAGCACUAUCAGGCGCAAACGUAACCACGGAUUCUUUGCUCGCAAGGCAACCAAAGGUGGACGUAGAGUCAUAGCUCGAAGAGUAGCAAAAGGGCGUCACAGAGUUACGGCUUAG